AUGGCCCUCCUGCUGGGGAGCGGAGGCCUCAUUAUGUGGGCACAGCACAAGUGGAGACAGAAGACAGACCUAGAGUCUGUACAGGCCAAGCCCAAGCCCUCAGAGUGCCACAGAGCACAGACCCAGAGCUGGAUCAAGUCUCACUUUAGCUGCCUUUCUGAAGAAAAGUUAACUCCCGAGCUCUGUGUCAGUGCCAUCAGCGAUGCUGUGCCGAGGGGCAGCGGGAGCCAGGAAGCUAGCACCACUAUCCACAUGGAGACCUUUACCACACAACCGGGAGACACGGGCACAGCUCUGCGCAGGGAGUCCUUCACCAGCAGACGGAAGAUAUCUGGGACCUCGGUGAUCAAAGAGACCCAAAAGGAGUCUGGAAGAUCCCCAUCCAUGGAUGAAGCCACGUGGGCCACCGUGGCUGCCUGCACCAAGGAGAUUGACACCAAGGGGCGGCACCUGGCUAACUCCAUGCUGCAGCGGGCCACAGCGUACCAGCACUCAGGCCGCCUGGAAUCCAGGGACAUCACGCAGGAGGAGCUGAAGGCCCUCGAAGAGGUGGAAAUGAAGCUCAAGAGCAGUUUCCUCACUCGUCGGGAGACCACCAUAGCUGGUGCCAAUCAUUCGCACACUUUAUAUGGCCGCAGUCACUAUGGCCACCAGAACCAGCAGGGUCAUCCAAGUCACCUGAGCCAUGUUGGUCAUCCAGGUCAGCCAGGCCACCGGGGACACCACAAGAGCCACCUAGGCCAACAGAGCCACCCAGGCUACCAGGGUCAGGCAAGCCAACAGAGCCACCCAGGCCACCAGAGCCAACUAGGCCACCAGGGUCACCCAGGCCAACAGAGCCACCCAGGCCACCAGAGCCAUCCAGGCCACCAGAGCCACCCAGGCCACCAGGGUCACCCAGGCAACCAGGGACAGCCAAGCCACCAGAGCCACCAAAGCCACAGUCUGCCCAACCACAGCUACCAGAUCUGCAAUUCCCUUGAAGCCACCUAA